GGAGCCGGCCGGGCGCCCGCCUUUCCGGCUCGCCCCGCCUCCGCACGUCCUGCGCGCUUCGCUUGCGGAAGCAUGGAGGGCGAGAGUACGUCGGCGGUCCUCUCCGGCUUUGUGCUCGGCGCGCUCGCUUUCCAGCACCUCAACACCGACUCGGACACGGAAGGUUUUCUUCUUGGGGAAGUGAAAGGCGAGGCGAAGAAUAGUAUUACUGAUUCCCAAAUGGAUGAUGUUGAAGUUAUUUAUACAAUUGACAUCCAGAAAUAUAUUCCAUGCUAUCAGCUUUUUAGCUUUUAUAAUUCUUCUGCUGAACUAAAUGAGCAAGCACUGAAGAAGAUAUUAUCAAGCACCAAAAAGGCUGUGGUUGGAUGGUACAAAUUCCGACGUCAUUCAGACCAGAUCAUGACAUUUAGAGAGAGGCUGCUUCAUAAAAACUUACAGAAGCAUUUUUCAAGCCAGGAACUUGUCUUUCUGCUGUUAACACCAAGUAUAAUAACAGACAGCUGCUCUACUCAUCGGCUGGAGCAUGCCUUAUAUAAACCUCAGAAGGGACUUUUUCACAGGAUACCAUUAGUGGUGGCCAAUCUGGGCAUGUCCGAACAACUGGGUUAUAGAACUGCAUCAGGUUCCUGUGAGUCCACUGGUUUUAGCCGAGCAAUAAAAACACACAGCUCUGAAUUUUUUAAAGAAGAUGGAUCUUUAAAGGAGGUACAUAAAAUAAAUGAAAUGUAUGCUUCUUUACAAGAGGAAUUAAAGGGUAUAUGCAAAAAAGUAGAACACAGUGAGCAAGCAGUAGAGAAACUGCUAAAGGAUGUACACAGAUUGAAACAGGAAAUUAAAAAAAGAAAACAGGCACAAAUUCAAGCAGCACGAGAGACCGUCGAAAAAGACCCUCAGGAGAACAUUUUUCUCUGUCAAGCUUUACGGACCUUUUUUCCAGAUUGCGAAUUUCUUCAUUCAUGUGUUAUCUCUUUGAAAAAUAGGCAUAUUUCUAAAAGUAGCUGUACUGCCAACCACCAUCUCGAUGUGAUAGACAACCUGACCUUGAUGGUAGAAUACACCGACCUUCCUGAAGCUAGUCCAGCUAGCAGUACACUGCAAACAAUUAAACGUAAAGCUUUAGAUACCGACGAUGGAUGGCAAUUCAAAAAGUCACGGCUGUUAGAGACACAAAACAAACCAUCUAAAACAGAUACUGAUAGUAGCAAUCCAGAAAAAGCAUCUACAUUGAGCAGCCCUGAAACAGAUGAAGAGAUUGAAAAAAUGAAGGGUUCUGGACAGUGACAAAACUGACAACAGAUUUGGGAACAAAAUAGCUGACUCUUGGCAAUGCAGAACUCAAGAGGUUUGAAGAGUCAUCGGCUUCAGUAUAUUUGAGGAUGUAAAGCCCCAGUUGAAUCUGGUGAGCUGGUUAAAUGAGGUUGGCUAAGAGCUUUUACUGUGUGUUUUUUGUAUUUGUCUUUUAUAGAAUUGUGAGAAUUUUCCACAAAGCCUACACACAUUAUGAGAAGCCUUCAUGAUUCAUUCACUGGAUGAAAUGCUGAACAUACACUUUGACCAUAGCUUUUCCAUCUGCUACUUCCUAAGUGACAGAACCAAUUCGUAGCUACUAUCAAAAUUAUCUUCUAUCUAUGUUACCAUGUAUUAGUUACCUUGGGGUGCUAAUGAAGCCCACAUUAACAACAGAGAUGUUUUGUAUAAAUAAUGAGUUUCUGUUGGGGCUGUUUAACUGGUCACCUAACAAGCACUGUGGUGUAACAGCCCAGGGCAGAGGGAGGGGAAGUAGGUUGGCAAUCUGAAACCUGACUUAAAAAUAACCACAAACAGGUGCCUCAGUCGGUUGAGUUUCUGACUCUUGAUUUUGGCUCAGGUCAUGAUCCCAGGGUUGU